AGCAGAAAAAGAGAAAUGGGCUCUCCAUCACAGGAGACUUUCAUCUUUGAAGAAAGCGUUUUGACAGAGAUGUUCUCUGAAUGGGAUGAUUCUCCGACAACCAAAAGUACUACUGAAAAUGUCAGUGCAGUCGGCCAUUCUGGAAUAUCAGGCGAGAAAGGACCCAGUCCUAUGACGUCAGGUGACAAGGGAAACGAGGAAAAAGCACCGACUUCAGUUAUAAGUAAAAUUAUAGACAGCAAACCAGACUUUACCAAUGAUACAAAUAUGUCUCCUUUAGAGAAGUUCCGGCCCGGGUAUUUAUGGGUGACAGAUUUUACACGACAGAGUUGGUGUGAGCAGCAGCUGUAUUACACAUUUACAAUACCCACCAUAGCUGAGGAGAAUCCCGUAAUGACGGCUGGAACUGACCUUCACCUGGCAAGAGAAUUAGCGACUCAUGAUAUAGUUAAGGUUGAGGUGCAGUCUAGUGAGGAUAUAUGGGCAAUUAAAAUGUUAAACCUGCACUCGGCUUUGGUCACUUUUCUUCACGGAGGUAAAGUAGCGAGGGAAGUACCUGUAUUUGGGAAUCCAUUUGGAGAGAAUAUCUUUGUGGUGGGACUAAUUGACGAGCUCCGAUUCGAUCCUUCGAACUACACCAUCGACUUACUGGAACUGAAAACACGCCAGUCAUUAAGCUUACCUCCCAAGGCUCAAAGAAAACAACACAACUUUCAGGUUAUGUUGUAUAAAACUUUGUUUGAUGAUCUCGUGAAGGGACAAGUUUCAAAAGAUUUCAUGGCGUCCUCGUUACGGAUUGACCUGUUCAAGGAACUUGGAGACGCCAUCAAGGAACAUGCUGAGAAGCAAUUCGUGGUGGUUAAGAACCUCAGUGAUUUGAUGGAUCUCAUUUUUCAUAAGAUUCAGACUCUAACCUGUAUUAAUCAAAUACUCAUUGAAUAUGUGCACCAGGAAUCAAAGCAGACGAUAAAUCACGUGGAAGUGCAAUAUGACGUCAGUGAGAUUUCUCGAUUGUAUAAGCAGUACCUGGAGUUCUGGAGAGGGAACAGAGAAGCGAUGGGAGUGGAGAUAGAAGAGGCGUGGAAAUGUCAGAGAUGUGACUUCAAUUCUGUUUGUGACUGGAGAAAAAAGAAGGCAGAGGAAUGUAAACUUAGAAACAAACAAUCAAAUAGAAGCAACACGUAAAGUGGAGGGACAUUCAAUCUUUAAUUCAUCUUACUACAUAUGCAAUAAAUCUUAUUUCAUGAACAGUUUCAUGCUCCUAAUUGGUUUAGUCCUGUUAUGCAUGCAUGUAGUGUUGCCAAAUUGAAAUUUGUUCGACGUUUCCCCAUUUU